UCGCGCUCCAUAGGGAGCGACCUCCUCUCCAGCCCUAAAGAGGGAGAAACACAGCCAGGCACGUCGCCUGUUAGCCGUGGGAAUACAGCAAACCGACCGAGCUAGGUGGCCAGGCAGCUGUAUCGCGUUAGGUUAUAACGUUAUGUCGAAACCGUAGCGUGAGUUGGAAAACAUGCGGUUGCGGCGGCGGCUCAGGCGGGAUCAGGAGGGACUGGAAGCUGGGAUUCGCCCAUUAGACUGCUAGGAGAGGCUUCAUUAGCCUGUUAGCUAACGGAUAACACGGCUAGCUAGCGAAGGAGAAUUAAACGGACGCUAAACUUCGGAGCUAGCUAGGAGAAAUUGCGGUUAGAAUUUUGAAAGUCUACCUCACUACUCCUGUUUGUUUGGAGGGUUUUUUUUUGAGAGGGGGGAUUUAUUUAUCUAUACCUAGAUACUUAAUCUUCAGCUAAUGGUUGAACACGCGAAACUAUAUUUUGCGACUGUUUUGUUCGCUGCUUGGCCAGUAGCUAACAAUAUUGAUCAGAGCAGCUUGUUAAUCACUCGGGGUCGGCUUUGUGCUUCCAGGCCAUGGACUGAACAGCCGUCUACAACCAGAAGGUAGCUAGCUUGCUUUCUGGCUGGCUGGCUGGCUAACCCUGGGUUUAAAUAGAAAGUCCAGUAAGUUUAUACACUCUGAGCUUUGCUUUUGGACUGGAACAAGAAGAAAAUAAAACCUUCUGCUGGAUCAAGUGUAUUGGGGAUCAUGUUUUGGAUGCUCGGCUCCGUCCCAAAUUGGAUGUGAAGGAAAGAGGGGAAAAACCCGAGCGGAUUCUCUAUAGUUUUCUACUUUCUCGAGUUCGGGACUUUGGUAAAAAAAAAAAAAAUAAUAAUAAUGUCUACUGCAAAAGAAAACCCUUGUAGGAAAUUCCAGGCGAAUAUUUUCAACAAAAGCAAAUGUCAGAAUUGCUUCAAGCCGCGCGAGCUGCAUCUGCUGACCGACCCAGACCUCAACCAGGCUAAACCGAUCUAUGGAGGCUGGCUGUGCUUGGCUCCAGAGGGAACGGAUUUUGACAAUCCGAUGCAGAGGUCUCGGAAAUGGCAGCGGCGCUUCUUCGUCCUCUAUGAACACGGCUGCUUGCGCUUCGCUCUGGACGAAUCUCCAAGCACACUACCGCAAGGCACUGUCAACAUGAACCUGUGCACAGAUGUGAUAGAUGCCGAACCUAAGACCGGCCAGAAGAACGCGCUGUGCAUCAUCACGCCUGAACAGGAGUACUACAUCCGGGGGGACAGCAAGGAAAUUAUCAACGGGUGGAGCGAGCAGCUAGUUGUUUAUCCAAGGACCAACAAGCAAAAUCAAAAGAAGAAGCGCAAGGUGGAGCCCACGACGUCUCAGGAGCCUGGUCCAGCCAAGGUAGCUGUGACGGGCUCGGGCAUCCCUGAGGCGGAGAAGGUUCCAGACUCCAGUUCCAUCAUAUGGCAGGAGGAGCUGCAGAGCAGAGAAGCAGAAGUGUCGCAGGCGUGGUCCUCAACAGACAUGUCACCCCAGGGCUCACUGCUGACCCCUGCAGCAGAGGAGGCAUCCAUGAGCCGUAGUUCGGACCUGGGCUCCGUUAACGGCGAUGAGGUGGACCGCGGCACCUUCUCUUUUCCCCCGUGUAUGUCUCAGCCCCCGCAGGACCUGGUUUCCCCGACAGCAGGCUUGCUGGGGGGUGUUCCACGGUGUCCAUCGCCUGCACACAGUGAACCCUUCCCUUCAGGCAGCAGUCUGUUGUCUAACGGCUCGCACAUCAGCGGCUCCAUCAGCUCGCUUGACUCGGACGCCAGCACAGAUAGCCACGUACCACUCCGAAUACGCACCAGGCCUGAGAAACGCAGAGAGAGACAGGACAGGGAGGCUGUACUCAGCCCAGAGAGGAGUGGGCGUUCGAACGUGAUCGAGAAGCUUGAGGCGCUGGAGCUGGAGAACGCAGAGAGGAUGGAGGUCGAGGAGACGGUGCGCAGUGAGGCCAGACAGGGCCGCAGUGAAAUGAGACGCUUCAACAGACAGGAGCAGAAGCUUGACCCAGCACAGGGUCUGGACUUCCACCCCUCCACUCUUCCUCCACUGAGAAGAGCCAAGUCACUGGACCGCAGGACAACGGAGUCAGUCAUGACACCAGACUUGCUGAAUUUCAAGAAAGGCUGGAUGGUGAAACUUGAUGAGCAAGGCCAGUGGAAGAAGUAUUGGUUUGUACUGACGGACCACAGCCUACGAUAUUAUAAGGAUUCGAUUGCUGAGGAGGCAUCGGAUCUAGAUGGGGAAAUUGACCUCAGCACUUGCUAUAAUGUUACAGAGUACCAAGCUCAGCGCAAUUAUGGCUUCCAAAUUCAUACCCAGGAGGGAGUGCACACCCUCUCCGCCAUGACAGCAGGAAUACGCCGCAACUGGAUCCAAGCCGUCAUGAAAAAUGUUCGACCUUCCACAGCUCCCGAUGUUGCAAGCCUGACAGACGAACAUGGUUCCUUUGGCCCCUUGGAGAGUCUUGCGCGGCCCGACAUCACUCAGGACUCUCCGUCCUCCGAGGCCUCGUCUGUGGAGCGUGAGCCGCCGAGGAAGAGUCGAGCACAAGAGCGACGGCGCGAAGGACGCUCCAAAACUUUCGACUGGGCCGAGUUCAGGCCCAUCGCCCAGGCGCUGGCGCAGCAGCGAGCCCACGAAGCCGACGCUCUCCAGGCUCAGCUCGGCGACGCCGAACGCAGCAAGAGGAGGGAGGAGAGACGGAGGAGGUACGAGUGUGUGACGGGCAGCUUGUCCUUCGAGCCUUCUCCUGACAUCAGCAGGAUGGACUUGGAGAGCGCGCACACGAAUGUGGGCAGCGUGUGUCCGCCCUCGCCCGAGCGUCAGCAGAAAGUGGAGGAUGAGAUCGAGCAGCACUGGCAGCAGGUGGAGAAAACGCCAAUCAGAGAGGAGAGGAGAGUACCGCUGUCCACAGCACUGAGGACCAGAGAGACAACCGAGCUCGAAAAACUACUAGAGAGCUACAAAAAGGGGGUAGAAGAUCUGAAAGCGCAGUUAGAGACGUGCCACCAGCAGCUGGCGGAUUCGAACCAGCACAAGCAGGAGCUUGAGAACCAACUCAAGGCUGCUGUGGAUCGGGAGCAUCAGAUCCGUGCUGGGUACAUCUCACCACUGGAGUCACCUUUGAGUCUUGAGACAAAGCCCCAGAUGAAGAAGCCAGAACUGGUUAGUUCUCAAGCUCAGAGCUUAACAAAGAAGUACCAGGAAACCAAAGAGCUUCUCCAGCUGCAAGAACUGAAAAAGCGCAACAUGCAGGCACAGCUCGGCCUUUCACUUUCACACUUAUGCACCAAGGAACCUUGCCUUUCUGACACCAAAAAAUCAUCCACUUCAGAGAUCCUUUCUUCUAAUCUUGUUACAAAAUCGGUCGCCUUUUUACUUCUGGAUAAUGAGGGCAAGAUCAGAGAGCUUGAGGACUUGAUAGAUUGUAGUAAACCGUUGUCGGUUAAAGAGUUGACACAACUGCUGCACUGUCACACUGAUUCAGUACUGUGCGAUCUCCCUCGAGACACAAACGAACAUGAUGGAUCGAUCGACAUAACGAAAUGCCAGAAACUUUUGGAAUGUCUUAAAAGUCAGCAGGAAACGGAGAACGAGACAAUGAGGAAGAGUUUGGCCAAGGCCGGGGACAGCAUUCGGGAUUACGAGGCCCGGCUGAUCACAAUGGAGGACAUGUUAGGAAGGGUCCAGAAAACUCCCUAUAUGUCUCCUUGUCAACAGGACGACUCGGUGCAAAUGACAAACCGUGGUCUAUCUCAAAAGGUCGAACUGCUAACGAGUGAAAAUGAAGCACUAAACCAGCGUUAUCAGGAAAUAGUCAACCAGUUGAGAGAGGCAGACCGAGAGAUAGACAGACUAAAAGCAGAGCUUCAAAGUGGGAAACAGUAUCAGCAAAGCAGAGUAAAUCAGGAUGUGAUUGAGGCAGGAGACAAAGAAGCUUUUAAGAAUUUGUAUGAGCAGGAACUCCUUGACAAGUCUCAGAAGCUUGAAGAGGCACUCCUCAAGUUGGAGUCACUUGGGAAUAGUUUGAAAGAUACUGAAAAGAAGCUGCAGCUCAAAGAGGCUACUCUGAAAGGUCUGGGAUUUCAGGUGCCCGAAAAUGAAAAAGAUGACGAAUCAUCAGAAUUGGAGAAAGAGCACCUCAGACAUCGUAUAGAGAUGAUCGAGUCCAAGCUUUCCGAAAAGGAAAAGUUGCUCCGAUCUGUUGAACAAAUCUGUAGAGAGCUUCAAGUGCAGAACAUGGAACUCCAGAUGAAAAAGCAAGAGGCUGAACGGACUUUUAACCGAGCGCUUUCAGAGGCUGAAGAGGACAUUAGAAUGUUGAAAGAGAGAGCUGUGGAAGAGGUGGAGGCAGAUGAUGAAGGCAGAGUAGACAGUAAGUGCCAAGUGUUGAUACAGAGUGAUGGAGAUGUGAUGGAGGAAGUGUUGGAAGGUUUCAAGAGGAGGUCUAAUGCUCUUAAUCAGGUAUUAGCCAUGUUGAUGAAGUCCACUGAGAACGAACGUGAUGGAUCGCGCAUUGGCUUUGAGGAAGGUAAUGUGGGAAGGAAUUUGACAGGAAGUAUGAUUGCGUUGUUUGAGCGUGAGAUUUUGGAUCGAGUUUUAAGUGGCAUUGAGAAUAGUCAAGUAGGUAACGGAGAUUGCGAGCAAGCAUUUGUUGUCAAAAAUAUAGUAGAACGAAUGCUAGUGGAAAACAAAAUCUUAUUUACUGUGAUCAAAAACAUUGAGAGCCCAGUAAACACUGAACAUGCCGAGAUGCAGACCAAUAAAGAUGUAGUAGGAGAUGAGAAGAUUAAUGAUGUCAUUAUGAAACGGCUUAUUGAAACCAUACAAAGUAAAGUAACCCUGUUGAAUCAGAUUGCGUCAACCAUUAAUGAACCUACAAAUGUACAGUUCAAGUCUUUGGCUUUAACGCUGUCUAGCUGUGUACCUCAAACACCGUUGUCUCUGUGUAUUCAAGAUGCCAUACUGGAGGUAACUCGCACAUAUCUUAUAAUACGGCAAAUAUUCCAAACGGAGAACGAAAUGCACUCGGACAUUGAAGCAGCCACAGCUGCUUGUGGUGGUUGUUCUCGGUUAAAAAAGCAAAACCUGGAGCUUAAAUUGCAGCUUGACCAAAUGGCGACCCAAACGUCAAGCCCGCAGAACACUAUCGCUGAUUACUCCAAGCCAGUUACGUGCAUCCACAUAGAGGAUGAACCGAUCGAUUCCCUGGACAAGGCCAUUCAGUUACAAGACAUGGCGGCAAAACACAAGACAGAGCUUCGAGAAGUGAGGGAGGCCUAUGAGCGAGAAGUGGCUAAACUGAAGGAGGACGUGUCCAAGAGUGAGGAAACACUAAGACUGAGAUCAGAGGAGAAUGUAAAAGAGAUCGACUCUUUGACUGUCUGCAUGGAGAAUCUAAAGAAGAAGCAUGAAGUGGAGCGCAACAUGUUGGUGGAGCAUUUUAACCAGGAACUGGCUGAGCUUAAUGAUGUGAUGGGUUCUCUUAGAGCAGAACUUCCAGAUGAUGGCCAUCUAAACACAGCUUCCCUCAAACAGUGCAUCGAGAAGCUAGCGACGCAAGUGACGGAAGAGACGAAACGGCGAGAAGAGGACGCAGUUUUACUUCGUCUGAAAUACAACAAAGACCUGGAAAACCUGAAGGCUACAUGUGAGAGAGGCUUUGCUGCCAUGGAGGAGUCGCAUCAGAAGGUAAUAGACGAGCUGCAGAGGAAACACCAGCGGGAACUGGAGAACCUGCAGGAGGAGAAGGAGAGACUGUUGGCCGAGGAGACAGCAGCCACCAUUGCUGCUAUUGAAGCUAUGAAGAAUGCGCAUCGGACUGAGUUGGAGAAAGAAUUGGACAAAGCAAGGAAAUCCCAUAGUAACACCGAAAAUGCAGACAUUGAUGAAAUUCGCAGACAACACGAGGAGGAGCUGCUGUCAUUUCAGAGGGAAAUCGAAGUGCUGUCAGAGCAGUACUCACAGAAAUGUCUGGAGAACGCUCACCUGGCACAGGCGCUGGAGGCUGAGAGACAGGCCCUGCGUCAGUGCCAGAGAGAGAAUCAGGAGCUUAAUGCGCACAACCAGGAGCUGAAUAAUCGUCUGGCUGCUGAAAUAACAAAAAUGAGAUCAAUGACCAGUGAGGAAGGCGAAUCUGGAACGGUCAUUCAUGGAAAGGAGCUAUAUGAACUAGAGGUCAUGCUGAGAGUGAAGGAAUCAGAAGUCCAGUAUCUGAAGCAGGAGAUCAACUCAUUAAAAGACGAACUACAAGUCGCCCAAAGAGAUAAAAAGUACGCAACGGAUAAGUACAAGGACAUCUACACAGAGCUGAGCAUCGUGAAGGCCAAGGCCGAGCGAGAUCUGGUGCGACUACGGGAGCAGUUACAGUUAGCACAUGAGGCAUUGGGAGAGCCCACACCAGAGGAGGUGCAGCGGGGAGGAUACGAUAUCAUGAAAUCAAAAAGCAACCCGGACAUUCUGAAGAUGGCCGCCGCAGCUGCGAAACGCUCCGAGCGUACCAUGAGGUCAAAGAGUCUUAAGGAAGGCUUGACAGCUGAGCAAAGACUCCACUUGUUUGACAACAAGGACACGAAGGAGUUCUGAAACUUGACGCCUCAGCCCGGCUUUGCUGCAUGUUAUAGAGGUCCACCAUAUUUUAUCCCAGUAAUUAAUCACUUAGAAACACACUGGUCACGGCACACAGCAUAUUAUAAACAUGGUAUGAAGUUUGAAUUUUAUGUCUCUAGUCUGCAUUUUGUGCACUUCAGUUACUGUGACUUUUUUUUUUUUUAAUCAUGUCUUAAUGUAAAUAGUUGUUUUUAAUGAAGCAUCUAUCAUUCAUACACUAAACAUGACUGUGUCAGCUACUGUUUUAACUCUAGUAUGUGUGAAUAGCCAAAGGAUGGAUAAAUAUGUAAUGACUCGAAUUACACUUACUUAAUAAAGAGUAGAAACAAUCAUACCUGCAGACGUGCUUAUUACGCUAGAUGUGUUUAUGCACAUUCCCUCCAGCUUCCUGUCAAUUCUGACGAAAUCAGAUGGCUGGCAAAGUGAAAAAGAGACACUACUUGAUACCCAGAAGUGUUUGGUUUGUACAUGGAGAUUACUGAAUGUUGACCAGUUAAAGGCAUGGUGUUUGUUUCUGGAGGGCUUUUUUCCUAGUGUAAAAUAUAUAAACAGAUUUAUAUAGGGGGUUUCUUUAUGUAAUCAUGAUGGUCAAUCCACUGAUUGGGAGGUUUUUUUUUUUUCCUGUCUUGCCCUUCAAGCUGAUAAUGUCUGUAGUGAUGUUCAGUCACAGUCUCUUGUAUUUAUUUAAAUGUCAUAUUUGGUUUUUUUUUUGGCUCACAUUUCCAUUCCUCUAUACAUUGCUAUUGUAAAUAUACCACAAAUGUACACCGACUGACAGCAGGUUUAUUAGCAAUAAAUAUUUUUGCACCCUG